UUAAGUUAAACCAUUUUAUUUGAGAGAAGUGAACACCCGAACCCUGCCAUUUCCGUGGACGAAGCGGCGGCCGCCUCCAGAUCCAGUGGAACCUGCGGAGAAAUGACACUGUUAGGAUCGAUGUCACAAGCCGGGACGCGAGAGCGGGGAGGCGAUCCGGAGUGUAGGGGCCUGGGUUUCACCCUCCCACACUGGGGCAGCGGGCGGUGAGCUUAGGCCUCUGUGGCUCUGGGCGCCGAAUCUCACCUCCGGCCACAGUCAAAGCCGAAGAUGAUUUUCAACGAACGCCCAUUUACCGGGCCAACAGCGAACGCAGCAUGAGACCGAGGAGGCGCAACCUACCUGGGCCGGGAAGCAGCACCACGCACUCACGAUCACUAGCAGGCCUGAAAGGCGCCGGUCAGAGCUUUUAUAGUCCCUUCCAGGCGGCGUAGGUUUCGGCUUCGGCGAGAGAAUGUGCGCAGGCGCAGGAAGAACGUGGCGGGGGCGGGACAACACGCAGCCAAUUACAGCCUGCGGGCGAGCUGCGCGGGCAGUCGAGAUAUCGCGGCGCUUUGGUGCACUAUAAGAACCCCCUUCCGCGCAGUCUCGCUCUUCUUCUUCUUCGGGAAAACACCAAAUGGCGGACGACGCCGGUGCAGCGGGAGGGCCCGGAGGACCCGGGGGCCCGGGACUAGGAGGCCGCGGCGGCUUCCGCGGAGGAUUCGGCAGCGGCCUUAGGGGCCGCGGUCGUGGUCGUGGCCGUGGCCGUGGCCGAGGCCGCGGGGCUCGUGGAGGUAAAGCUGAAGACAAGGAGUGGAUCCCCGUCACCAAGCUGGGCCGCCUGGUUAAGGACAUGAAGAUCAAGUCCCUGGAGGAGAUCUACCUGUUCUCCCUUCCCAUUAAGGAAUCCGAGAUCAUUGACUUUUUCCUGGGCGCAUCCCUAAAGGAUGAGGUUCUAAAGAUCAUGCCAGUGCAGAAGCAGACUCGGGCUGGCCAGCGGACCAGGUUCAAGGCUUUUGUCGCUAUUGGGGACUAUAAUGGUCAUGUUGGUCUUGGUGUUAAGUGCUCCAAGGAAGUAGCCACUGCCAUCCGAGGGGCCAUCAUCUUGGCCAAGCUGUCCAUUGUCCCUGUGCGGAGAGGCUACUGGGGGAACAAGAUUGGCAAGCCCCACACUGUGCCGUGCAAAGUGACAGGCCGCUGUGGCUCUGUGUUGGUGCGUCUCAUCCCUGCCCCCAGGGGCACUGGCAUCGUCUCUGCUCCUGUGCCUAAGAAGUUACUGAUGAUGGCCGGUAUUGAUGACUGCUACACGUCAGCCAGGGGCUGCACUGCCACCCUGGGCAACUUUGCCAAGGCCACCUUUGAUGCCAUCUCCAAGACCUACAGCUACCUGACCCCCGACCUCUGGAAAGAGACUGUAUUCACCAAAUCUCCGUAUCAGGAAUUCACUGACCAUCUUGUGAAAACCCACACCCGAGUGUCUGUUCAGAGGACCCAGGCUCCAGCUGUGGCCACCACAUAAGGGUUUUUAUACAAGAAAAAUAAAGUGAAUUAAAU